UAAAAUAAGUCUUAACAACUAUCACUACUUUAAUAUAUAAAACAUUCUUAGUUUUAUUUUCAAUAAUAAAUAUAUAAAAGUAUAUUUUACUAUCUACAAGGCUCAAGAAUAUUAAAAAUAUUUUAGGAAUUAAGCUCAAAAGGAAAUUAAAAAUUAAAAAAAAUGAACGACAAAAGAUUGACUGAUUAGCAAAGGUAAGGAAUGAGUGAACGCAUCAAUCAGAUAGUUUAAAUCAAGUUCAGAGAGUCUCAAAAUUCUCAAAAUAAAAGCAAUCAAAAUUAUAGUUCAUAUGGAUUAAAAGAAAAUAGUGGUUAAAAAUCUGCAAGCAAAUCAAAUAUUUGGAAUGGUUAAAGCUAAAUUUAUUAUAGUACUUAGCAGAAUUCUGAAUCUAAAAUGUCUAAUAAAAUAAGUAGAAUCAAAGCUGCAUAAACAAGAAUAGGUUCCAGCUCUUCACAAAUUUCAGUAAAGAGAGAAAAAUCAUACAACUCACAUGAAUAAAGUGAAAGUUUUAAUGGAGGAAAUUCUAUAAAUUUAAGUGUUAGCAAUGCUUCUAAAUAGCUAAGAACAAACCACUACCAGUAAAUAAAUGCAUUUGCUGACAAGAAAAAAAGCUUAGGCCUACAUCCCUAUUCAUCGCAAAGCUAGUCUAAAAACUUCUUUUCUCCUCAUUCAUAAGCUAAAUCUUAUAACCUUUUUAGUUAACACCCUUAUGGUUAAGUAAACCAUAACUAAUAUAAGUAGCCUUAUACAAACAAUUUUAUCUAGUAAAAAGAAGAAAAUUUUAUGGAAAAUAACAUAGAUAAUAUUAACAUAGAUCUACAACAAAUGCAAUAGGGGGAUUAGUAAUAUGAUUCAAAUUUAUAUUUGGAAUAAAUCAAAAUUCAAGAGUUAAGAAUAGCUUAAUUAGAAGAUUUGUUAAAAUAGGAAACAUUAAAUUGUGAGUAAUUUCGUUCAUAGAUUAGUAUUUUAAAAUAGUAAAUGCUCAAAAGUGUCAGCGAUUCUGGAUUAAUAAACUUAUUCGAAGAAGCUUACAUAGUUUCAGUAGAUAAAUAGAUUGAUAUUCUUGUUUAAUUAAAGGAAAUAUAAUAGAAAAUAGAGCAAGAUAUAUCAUCCAGUUAGGCAAUAAUUAUUGAUUAAGAUAACAGCUUAAAAAGUUUGAUAGAAUAAAAUUAAUAAUAGUAAAUUUAGAUAUAAGAGCUUUUUACAAUAAAUUAAAAAAUAAAAGAGGACUUAACACAAAGUUUAGAUGGCAAAAAAAAGCAUGACUAAGAAAAAUUUUAUUUAAUAGAGUCUAAUAACAAGUUAGUCAAUGAUAUUGAAAAUGCAAUCUAAUAAAAUUCUAUUUUGAUAGAAGAAAAUCAACACUACAUUAAAUAAAUUGAUGAAAAGAAUAAUGUCAUUUCUCAACUUGAAACUCUCCUUAAGGAUUAAAAUGAAAAUAAAUCUGAGUAAGAAGCAAUCUUAGAAGAAAAAGAUCAAGUAAUUUAGAAGUAAAUCUAAGACAUUUAUGAACUGAAUGAAGAGCUAAAGGAAAUCAAAAAUCAAAAUGAAGAUUUAGAAUGCCUAUUAAAAGAAUAUGAAGAAAAAAUUUAAUAGAUUAGCGAAUACUAAUUAGAUAAUAAUUUAUAAAAUAGUCAAGAAAAGAAGAAUGCAAUUAAACAAAGAGAGUUGGAAGAUCUGAGAGAACUUAGUGCUUAGUAAUAAAGUCAAGAAGAAGAGGAAGAUAAGCAAAAUCAAUUCGAAGCAAUACAAGCAAAUAUCAAUAACUUAGAAAGAUAAGUAGAUAUCUUAGAACAAAAAAACAAUCAUCUCACUCAGUAAUUAGAGAAAAACUAAACUUCGAUUAUUUAAAAGGAUAGCUAAAUAAUUGAGAAAGAUAAAUUGCUUAAUAAAAAAGAUGAAUAAAUUAAAGAAUUAUAAAUGUAAUUUUAGGAUAAGUAACAUAAAGCAGACACCUUUUAGAAAUAACUAGAUAUUCUGCAAAAUUAACUUCUCGAAACAAAGCAAACUAAUAACACAUAGAAUAAAUAAGAGGAAUUUGCUAAAAUUGUAUAAGAAAAUAUUGGCUUAAAGGCAAAUUUAUCUGAAAUUUAGAUUUAAUUUGAACAAUUAAAACAACAGAACAUUAUACAUAUUACAGCUAAUAAUAAACUCCAAGAAUUAGUUGAAGAAAAUCAACAAUUACUGAAAAAGGCUAACUUAGAAUUAUCUCGCUAAAAUUAAUCUUAAUAAGUAGAUCCUGAAAUUUUGCAAUAGUAUGAGCAAAACUUUGAAGAAUUAAACAAUAGAGUUAUAGAAUUUCAUUAAAAAUAUUAGCAAUCUGAAGAAGAAAAAGAAAAGCUGUAAGAAGAAAUUGCUUUACUUAAAAAUGGAAUGGAAAAUGAUGAGAAAAUACAAUAGCUUUAAUAUAUGUAGAUGAAAGCAAAUUUCUUUUCAACUCAAGUAGUUAUAAUGAGUAAACUAUUAUAGAUCAUAGAUCAAGAGGAUGAAUGUAUAGAAUAAGACUAGUAUGAGCCUAUUGUCUUAUAGAUAAAGUAAAAAAUCGAAGAAUUAUUAAAAGAGAAUCAGCUAUUGAAGGAGUAGCAAAAUAAUAAUGAAUAAGACGAAAAGGAUUCAUAAAUAUCUCCUAAGCAAGUGAAAAUUUCGUAGAUUUAAAGCCUUGAAAAUUCAUUCAGUCUUAGGAAUAGAGAAUAAAGUUAUCAAUAAAAUGAUUAAAUAUAAAUUGAUUAAAAAGUUAUGGAAUAAUUUGAAUAAAAGUAUGAAAAACAAAUUGAAGAAAUUACUCUUUAAGUGCAAGAAUUACAACAAAGAUUAGCAGAAGUUUAUGAGUAAAAAUUCAUACUUGAAACUUACAUCUCUCAAAUAAAAGAAUUCGUGCCUAAUUAAGAUGUCUAAGAGUUAGUUAAUAAAUAUUGUGAAACAAUACAAGAACUUAUCACAAACGAGCAUUGUUAAAAAAGACUUAAAGAAAAUAUAGAAGAGUUAGAAUAAACUUAAACAGAUCAAACUGAAAAAACUAAUGAUGAAAAUGAAUCACAAGAAACUGAGAGAUAAAAAAAUCUAUAAUAACUUUUCCAUACUUUUGAAUAAAUAAUAUAGUAAUAUAAAGAACUAAUUGUUAAUAGAGAUUAACUUGGCUAAGAAUUAGCAUUUUUAAGUGAAAAAGAAAACGAAAAGUAUUUGAUGGUAGAUGAAUUAUAAUAAUAAAAUUAACAAUUAUAUUAAGAGAUUUUAAUUCUAAGGAAUGAGUAUAGCUAACAAGAUGAGAAUGAUCCAAACUUGGAUUAGAUGAGAGAUCAUUCAUUAGGAGAUUAAUAAUUUCAAUAAUAAUAAAAUACUUAAAUGCUAUCCUAAUUUAUGAAUCAAUAAAUGAGAGUUAGUGAGGAAAGCGAAGGUCAAUUUGAAGAAUAAAAUUAGGAAAGUUUUAAAUGA